AUGAGCGCCGACAAAGACCGCAGUGCGGUGUUCGUUGCACAGCAGUUCAGGAUCAAAGAUCGUCGUCAUCGUGGAUCACCGGUAGAAUCGCCCCCAGAGCAUCCGGCUUUCUCGCACGUACAGAUCGGCGUCUCUCUCACCGAACACGAGUGCCAAUAUUAUUUUAAUUUCGUAUUACAAGGUCCCGGCAGUCACGGUAUGAAACACCGCAUAGAAAGAAUAACAUUGUCCAUGGCCUCCGACGGGCUCGAGUCCGUCAGAAACCGACGUGGCCAGGGUCAGAUGUCAUUAUGUCAAACCAUAAGUAUGCCAAAUAAGGGAAGGGUAUGGUCUGACGAUCGUGUUCCGGAAAGGAUAUUCAGAGUUUUUAGCGUGUGCGAUUUGCGGCGGCGAUCCUUUGAAUUGAUGUGCCUGAAUCGAACACCCUCUUCCUUCCGACUCUCUUCUCGGCCAAACACGACAAACAAACACUCUCAUCACCGCCCUCAUUAUGGUGACUUUGCUCCCCAUCCAUAUCCACAGCCUCAACCACCUCCAAUGGAUUUGUAUCCACACUCUCGACCACUUGCAGCCUCAUUCGCCCCCAGUCAAGGGCGCAUCUUUGAUCGCCAAGCGGACAACCACAGAGGCGCAGCCCUGAGAGAUGUGUACAGCUCCACCUUCCGUGUUGCUGACAGCUCAAACAAUGGCAUUGACACUAGCUUCAGGCACACUUCCCCCCAAUCACAUGCUACUGAAAAUGAAAACGAGGAGGCCGAAAACGACGAUCUGGGCGGCGACGGCGAGAAACGAAAACACGCAUGUUCAAUGUGUGGCAAACGCUUUAAUCGCCCAAGCAGCUUAAGGAUCCAUCUCAACACGCACACUGGUGCAAAACCAUACGUCUGUCCGUUUCCGGGAUGCAACCGUCAGUUCAACGUCUCAAGCAAUAUGCGGCGGCAUUAUCGUAACCACGCACGUCGCGCGCCACCUCCUCUCCCACUCAAUGACGUGCUUGCUCAGGCCGAAGCAGCGCGUGCACAAGCGCAGACACAAUUACAAAUGCAUAACCAAAUGCAGACCCAGCGCGCAUUCUCGAUUGAGCCACCUAGUCACAUGCAACCUGGGCAAAGCGUCCCGAGCGAAGUCAAGCCACCAAAUAUGCAAAGGAGUGCGGAUGAGACAACGAACAUGGUGCGCGGAGCUGAGGCUGCUGCGCGAGCCGCACGAAGAUUGAGCAUCCCCCCGUCUAGCGUGCCAGUCGCCGAUCCGAUAUCUGCGGCGAGACAAUCGGCAUCUACGAUACCACGCCCUCGCCCUCCAGUGCAAUACGAGUAUCCUUAUCCGCCUGCGUCAUCUCACUCAAAUUCGAAUGCCCAUUCUAAUGCUCAGCCCACAUCUUGGUUGCAGUCACAUAAUCAUUCAGCGUAUUUGCAGAAUUCUUCUCGAUCUAUUGAUUUGCUCGCAGGCCGAGAAUAUUCCUACCCAGCAUAUUCUACAACAAGACACGGAGACGGGAGUGUACCCGAGACGGAUUCGAGCUUUGGCAAUCUCCCUCCACUUUCCUCGACACAUGUAACAGUUCCAUUGUCUUCAUCUGGGUGGAAGCAAGGGAGCUGCCACAACAUUCCCCCAACGCCUCCGUAUACGAGCGAGGCGGCGCAUAGUCCGCCUUUACACACGUCCUUGCAUGAUCUGCCAUCUAAUCCUGAGCGCAGGGACUUAUCUUAUUAUGGACCAGAACGUGACCAGUACUAUACUGCGACAGCGUAUGAGGGGGAGAACUUACGCGAUUCCGGGCAUCAGACGGAUCAUGCCGGUCUGGUAUACCGCGACAGGGACGCGGGCAGGUUGACCAGAUAUGAUGGUGGCGAAGUACGCUCUAUGUCACCUGCUCGGGCUCAUCAUGCUCCUUCGCUUUGUUCCGAACCAGUCGGAGAAAAGUUAGAUGAACAUCUGCCUCGUUAUGCAUCCUAUUCAUCUGUGAAUGAGGGUGACUACCUGGACGGGUAUCCUCGUCCUCGGGCACACACUAAUCCGCGGGAAUAUUGCACUCGCAGGCAAGACUCUCUUCGCCAACAUGACGACUCUGGUUAUAUUUCAGCGACACAGUCUACUGAUUCUCAUGUCCGGGAUGCAGGAGCAAUUAUUUCGCCUGCGACCUCAAGGCAGAGUACCGAGAAAACGCAUGUUGAAAAAGGAGCAGGGGUGAGGCAACAACCGUCUCCUGACACUCCAAGUCUGCACGUCUCUGCUCUACACAGCGAGCAUCCGCACGACGACGACACAGGUGUAGCUAUCGGCGCCGACAAGCAUGGUCCAGCCUCCGUUGAUUCGACCCGCAAAGGGCAAGGGUCCUUUGCGGCAGGAACUGCAGAGAAGGUAUCCUUAGUGCAUGCCCGUGGGACGUCCCGAUCGAGUUUACAGCUGCAUGAGCUGAUACAUCCUGUCGAGCAGCCGCCUGCAACUCAGAUGGCAAGAAGUCCUACAGACCAUGCAAUUGCAAACGAGUCGGAAGUGAAAACAGAGAAGUCUACUCCUAUUGGAAGAACACCCGGCGCAGCCCCGCCACCUCCGUACCCGCUCUAUACGCGCCCACCGCCUGCUUUCCCCGGAUCACCUUAUUCUGAUCCCGAGAAAAUCGAUGAACUCAAAACGGAGGUUGGGUGCGAAGCGAGCACACGGAAGAAGCGAGCUUCUGACGUCGCUGAAGGACGUGCAGAAAAGUGUAGCAGAGGGGCGAAGAAAAGGAGGCGUGGGUAGAUGAGGACUCCGCGCUGCGGAUUUCCUUUAUAAGCGGUCCUUGCGCCGUUGAAAGAAUCUGGCAAAAAUGGGGUGAAGGUGAUAGAACCGAUUUCUCUUUGUAUUUUGCUCAGGCUUUUUUCGUCCGUUUCUACUCAAUUGCGUUGUGUCUCACUGCACUUCCUUCUUCAUGAUGUUGUUACUUAUUCUUUCACACUGAUCCUUGUCCUCACACUCUUGAAUUGUCCUUUUAUAUUGCAUUUAACAAAGUUAUCUAUCCUGCUUCAGCUUUCCAGUGCUUGCACUCUGCAAAUUUCCAUGAUUUUCUUUCUUUGUCCAAUCUCCUUUGAUCGUUUACACCUGGUAAUCAUACUCGUACCCUUGUCACUCC